CUGGACUGACUUCAGUGAAUUCAUUAGCGGGCUCUUAGGCCAGGAGGAGGGAAGGUCCUGCCUGAACCCCAGGCUCGUCACUGGAGAGUCCGUCUCCAGCAUGAACACAGAGGCUGCCUCCUGCACUUCAAGAGGCCACGCCAAAUCUUUGCAUGGAUUAGUCGUUAACAAUGGGGUUAAUAAUGAUAAUGGCACAAAUGUCCUGUGCCUGCAUGAGCUACACUUAGGAAAAUCUGCCAGCACUAGUGCCGUGGCCAGCAUCCUCACCUUCCACAGUGUGGUACCCAGCUAUCUCAGCACCUCUGCCAAAGAUGCUGCAGAUGUUGUCCAGCAGGUCUCUUUUCCUGCCAUCUCAGGAGCAAGGCUGGUGAAUGAUGUGCAGCAAGGAAUCACAGCUGUGAAUAACCAGCAAAUUCCUGGGAGGAGAGCCGGGUACCAGCUGCCGUGGAACACGUCUUUGCAGUGGUGCAGUCUGAGGCAGCUCCCUGGGAUGUUCUGCCUUCGGCAGGAGCAAAAGGAAGCUAAGCCAGGGCUGGAGAGUGUGGACCAGACCUGGGCCAACAGGACCUGCUGGGUCCCACAGGAGCCCGGGGUGGCACCCCACAGGUUUCUGUUCUUGAGGAUGCCCAGCGGGGAGGGCCUGCCUAAAGGAUGGGUGAAGAAUCUGCUGAUGAGGACUCUAAUCAGUUUUGAGCAUCUCAGAUGGUGUUCACUGAUGGAAAACAUCGAGUGGGAAAGCAGUGAGCACCGGGACUGA